GGGGUCGUGGGGUUGUCUUGCCGGCGUGGGGUUUGUCCAGAUCCGAUGUCUGGAAGCCAUGGACCUGGCUUCGGUCUUGGAAUCUUUGCAGCUGGGCGCCUUUCUUCCGAAGCUGCGGGCCUUGGGGGUGCAUAACCUCACGCAGGUGGCGGAUCUGUUGACCUCGGACCUCGAAGAGGUGGGCCUGACGCGAGUGCAGAUCCGACAGCUCCAGCGCGUGGCCCAGGCCACGCCCGACGAUGACACCCCGCAAUCGCAGCCAUUCCAACCACCGCGUCGUGAAGGCCCUUUCCAGAUGUCCCCGCGGGCGGCGUCGCCAAAGUUAGAGGAGGGCGAGCCAGUCCAGAAGAGGGCCCUUGAGGGGUGCUCCCAGAUGACCGAGAUGAAUGCGCAGGAGAAGCUACUGCUGAAGCAAUUGGGCCAGCGAUUCCAGCUGGCCUCGCGGUCUGCAGCAGCCAUUGUUUGGGAUGCGCCGGCUAUGCGAUACCUGCAAGGGGAGCUCCCGGAGGAGGAGUUCGAGGCGCUGGCGGCGGCCGCGGCGUCCACCGGGGCCUCCUCCCCGGAGCCGGAGGUGCCUGGUUCUUUCUUUCGCCUGGACUUUGGCCUCGAGGAGUCUCCUUCAGUGGGGAAGCAGAUGCCAGAGGCCUUGCGGAAGCGGCUGGACAAGCGCAAGGAGCAGGUGGAGCUGAAGAAGACCGAGAAGAGCGUCCCCGAGCCGCCGCCGCGCGCAGAGCGGGCGGAGCGGGCGGAGCGGGCGGAGCGGGCCAUGGAAAGAGGGCUCCCGAGCCCGAGCCAAGCGAGUCCCACCACGGCCCGGCAGGUGCGGACGAAGCCGGGGGACGAGACGCCCACGGAUAGCCCGGCCAAGCUGCGCAGCACCUCCAUGGGAGGCGGCCGCCGGGUCAGCCAGCGAGAAGAGCCGAAGCGGAACGACAAGGAGAAGAAAGCCAAGGCCGAGGAAGGCGGGCGGCAGAUGUUCGACAAGAACACGCUGCGGCUCAUGCACCGGGAGAUCUUCACAGGGGCCAUUGGCCGCUAUCAGCAGCGGAUGCUGCAGUCCUUGGACAAAAACGAGGCGCUCACUGCCCGCACCCCCCGGCGCCGACCGCGCGCAGUGCAGGUCUUCGUACGGGUGCGGCCCAUCUUCGACAAGGAUAUCGAGAAAGGCGACUUUGAUGUGGUCUCGGUGGUGCCGGGCCAGCUGGUACUGCACAGCUGCCUCUUCGAGGCGGAUCUGAAGAGUCCCUUCAUCAGCCAUCUCAGCUUCAGCUUCGACCAGGUCUUUGGGCAUACGGCCAGCAACAAGAGGGUCUACAAGCACUCGGCGGCGGAGAUUGUGCAGGGGGCCUGCGAGGGCGGCAUCGGGACCAUCUUCAUGUUCGGGCAGACGGGCAGCGGAAAGACCCACACCAUGUGCGCCAUCGAGGAGAUGGCGACCCACGAGAUCUUCGCAACUUUCGCCUCAGAGGACCCGGCCAUUGGCAUUCAGUUUCUGGAGCUUCGAGGUGACAAGUGCUUCGACCUCCUCGCCGCCACGUGCAAAGGCCGGGACUUCCCUGAGCUGCGGCUCCGGGAGCAUGGGAACGGCACCUACCGCGCCGAAGGCGCCAUGGAGCUCUACCCGCAAGAUGCCGAGGACAUGCGUGUGGUUCUGGAGACGGGCCAUGCCCGCCGCAAGACCUCUGCCACUGGGGCCAACGCGGUGAGCUCUCGCAGCCACGCAGUGUGCAUCAUCCGCCUCUUCGAGCGCAACGGGAUGCUGGUGCUGGUGGACUGCGCCGGCAGCGAGCGCAAGAAGGACUCCAUGUACCAUACCAAGGAGCGCCAGCAGGAAAGCGCGGAAAUCAAUACCUCGCUGUCCUCGCUGAAGGACUGCAUCCGGUCGCUCUGCUCUCAACAGAAGGUGCCGUCCCAUGUCUAUCGCACAUCCUCUCUGACCAAAAUUUUGGCCGACGCCUUCAUCAGCGAGAAGGGCAGGCUGGCGGUGAUUUGCACGGCCUCACCCUGCGCCACGGACACGGAGCACACGGUGUCCACCUUGCGGUUGGGGGCGGCGCUGGCCGGGUUCAACGACUCGGAGGAGAAGGAGCCACUGGUGGACCUCCUGCGCGAACAACGGGGGCAACCAGAAGCCCAUCCCAACCAGUGGAAUCCGGAACAAGUGAGAGCGUGGAUUGCAGAUGUGCAGAAUGGUGACUUCGGAGAUGUCUUGGGCAGCCUGCCUUCAAAUACCACUGGCCAGAUGCUGGUGAGAUUUACGGAGGCUCGCUGCGCGCAACUCUGCGGAGGUAAUUCGCGGCGCGGGCAGCUCUUCUUUAAGCUUUUGCACAGCGUGAUGCAGCGUGCUGAUGCCUCGCGGCGUGGGAAGGGCUCAAUGCUCCGCUCCACCAGCGCCGACCGCGCGACUGGGCUUGGGAAAAAAAGGACCUUCGGGCCACCUCCGCGCGCGAAGGGAGAGACGUCGUCUUUCAAUGGCACCCCUUGGAGAAAAGAUUUUGAGAAGAUAUUUGCGAUGUUUCUCUGGGGCUUAGAUAAUAUUUGA